ACACGGCAGCAGUGGUUUUAAAAGUUCAACUUUUUCCAGUAGUUUUUUUUCUCCAAAGUCUUUUUAUGGACAUUUCUUUGCGUACUGUAUAUCUUAACUCGACAUACUUGUUUUGAUUUUAUUUAUUAAUUUAUUGUUUUUUUUAAGUGACACGCGCAUGGCUUCCUGGGAUCUCUCUCGAGAUGUUAGCACUAAGCUAGUUUAAAGCUAACGUUGCUGUAAACAUUUUCAUCUGGUUAAAAAUAAAGAAAAAGCUGGGAAGGUUUGCAAUGAGCUCUCAGGAAGCGCAAGAAGGGCAUUCACCGAGACUAGAGGCCGUGAUUCAGAAGCUGGAGGAGUCUCUGCUGCACUCACAUGGCAGCUCAGAAGACAGGAGUUUGACUCUUCAAGGUGACUUGCAAGCAUCCGGAGACACACCUGUACCUUUAACCACUCGUAUUUGCCAGAUCAUCACCCACAACCUGGCUGAACAGUCAGCUGGUGACGGGUCUGAGGUCAGCAACAAUGAGGAGAGCGGGGCCCUGAGGGAGCAGCCGUCUCCUGGCCAGGUGGACCGUGACCAGCCACCCGUCCAACACCUGAGUCUCACAGACAGGCUGGAUCAGAUGAUGUCUCAGUCAGCUGUGGACUUGGAUCAGGACAGUGUACCACCUGGAUCCAUGCUGUUACAGAACACAGAGAAAGACUACAGACAAAAACUGCAGGUCUUCCAGGAGGCCCAGAAGCGACAGGCCCAACUUGUUCUGAAGUUACAGACGAAGGUUCUUCGGUAUAAAAGGAGGUGCGGAGAACUGGAGGAGAAGGUGUUAGAGAAGACGUCAGAGUGUGAAAAGACGAGACUGUUGAUGCAGGCUCACCUGGACUCAGCUGAGCGGCAGAAGCAUGCUGAAGAGGAUCUGAACACGGUUAUCCAGAAACAGUCAGCUCAGCUGCAGGAGGAGCAGAGGAGGAGUGCCAGCCUCAGCCAAGUGAACUCUGUCCUCCGGGAACAACUCGAUCAAUCUGCCACUGUCAACAAGGAGCUCACAGAGAGCUUAUGGAGGGCCCGACAGGAGAGUGAGCUGCGCGGUAACUGUCUGCGCAGACAGCGAGAGACGUGCGCCUCCCGGUCGAGCCGUGAACAGGCUCGUCUCAGAGCACUGUGGCGCCAGGCCGCCUCCCUGCGGAGCACUUUCACCCAGCUAAGAACUUUCACUGACAGAACUCUGUGUGACAUGCGCAGUGAGUGCGUCGCUGUUCGGCUGCAGCUACACGGAGCUUGUGUGAACUUUAAGGCCGGAGGAACAGGAGAGAGCGCCUGCGGUGGCGUGGAGGUGUCAGUGCUGGAGAAGCAGCUGAAGGACAAACUGAAGGAGACCAUGGGGCUGCAAGCCCAGUGGGAAGCAGAGAAGAUGCAACUGAACUCCAGAGUCCUUGAGUUGGCCGACACCUUGAAACACAUCCAGAGCCAGGAAUGUGAGAAGGAUGCGAGCCUCCACGGCGCACAGAUCAGUCUGGACAGGAUGGACCUGCACGCACGUUUGGAAGCAGCUCUAGAACAGGUCGACACGUUUCACGACCUCCUACAGGAGAGGGAUGCAGAGAAGAUGGAGUUAGAGCAGAUGAUCCAGGAAGUACAAAAGGAAAGUCAGGAAGUUCAAAAAGCCCUGGAGGAAAGCAUCAGAGACAGCUGCAGAUCCCACUGCUCUUUGGAGCUCAUCUCCAGUGAGAAAGAGAGUUUGGAGAUGCUGCUCUCCGGGCUGCAGCAGGAGGUAAACUCGCAGCGUGUCGAGCUGGAGGCACUGCGGAGCUCAUCCCUGGACCUCCAGAGGCAGCGGGACCUCCUGAGGCAGCAGCGGGAGGACCUGGAGACUCAGCUGGCACGCCAGCGCACAGAAGCCCAGAGAGGGGAGAAGAGUCUGCAGGAACUUGAUGAAAAGCACGCCAAUCUGCACCAGGAGCUCAUGUCAGUGAAGGAGGCUCUGAGUCAAAUAAGUCUGCAGAAAGAGAUGCUGGAGGACGACAAGGCCAGCCUCACUCUGGCACUCGCUAAGAUGGAGACGGACACGUCUACACAGCAGCGUGCUCUGACCAAACUGCAGAGUCAGCAGGCCGCCCUAAAAGAUUCUCUCACCAAAAUGGCAGCUCUCAACGAAGGUUUAGCCAAAGACAAGGUGGAGCUGAGUCGCCUCGUGCUGCAGAUAGAAGGCGAGAAGACGGAGCUCGACAAACGGAGACGCGGCGCCGAAGCGGAGCAGGCAGCAGCCAGGGAGGACGCGGCGCGUUCACAAAUGGAGAUGAUGGAUUUCCUCGCUGAAAAACAAGCCCUGGAGAGCUCCCACAUCCAAUUACAAGAUGUCUGCCAGAAGCUGGAAGUGGAGCUGAGCCUCCUGCAGAAGGAGAAAUCUGAGGCCCUGGAGAAGUACUCUCAGACCAGAGGGCAGGUGCAGGUCCUACGAGACGAGCUGUGUGCAUGCAGGAAGGAGCUGGACUUAAAGAGCACAGCUGUUAGGAGAGUGACCCAGGACUGGGAGGAGCUGGCCAAAGACAAGGCAGCUCUGGAUGUUCAGCUCAACUCUGUUAACCAAAAGAGCUGCGGCCUUACCCAGGAGCUGCUAGCACUGAGAGCUGAGAAAGAAUCCCUGGAGACGGUCCUGUUUGAAACCCAGGAGCUUUCUGCUUCUCUGGAGGCCAGGAGCAGCAGGCUGGAGGGUGAGAGGCGCAGCUUGGUCCUGGCUAACGAUGCCUUGACACGUGAUGCUGCUAAGAUGCGGGCGGAAGCUGCACAGCAGUCGGGACAAGUUGUAAAACAGAGGCGGGAGUUUGAAGAGCAGAUGGCUGAGGUGGAGAGAAAAGCCGUGCUGACCCUGAACAACACGAAGCAAGUUCACAGAGAGCAAAUGGAAACUGAACUCCAGAAAAAG